AGCGUAGUUUUUUUUGACACGUGACACCGACGUUCAAUUUUCGUUCAUGCUGCAUUUUGUGGGGAAAAUUGUUCGUUGAGCGUUGUAUUUUUCUACAAUCUGUAUAUUUUGAAGGUCUAAUCAUGGAUAUAAAAAGUAUUAAAAACGAAGUGGAUUCGGAAGAGAACUCCGAACCUGCAAAAAAACGAAAAAUUUCAGACAGUGAAAUUAAACAAGAAGCUCCAGAACAAAAAAUCUUAGCUUUGGUUGAAGAAUAUUCGUCUGAAGAAGAAUACAGGUAUGAUGACGAACCAAAGAUUGAUAGAAGUCGAAGCUGCCCGUAUUUAGAUACAAUUAAACGCAGUGUUUUAGAUUUUGAUUUCGAAAAAUUGUGCUCAGUGUCUCUCUCUCAUUUGAACGUUUAUGCUUGUCUCGUUUGCGGAAAAUAUUUUCAAGGAAGGGGCAAAAAAUCUCAUGCCUACACUCACAGUGUUGAGAUAAAUCAUCAUGUAUUUUUGAAUCUGCGGACUCUGAAAUUUUACUGCCUCCCUGAUAACUAUGAAAUUUUAGAUUCAUCACUUGAAGAUAUUACUUAUGUUCUUAACCCUACUUUUAAAAAGAAUCAUAUCGCUGAAUUAAGCACAAGUUCCAAACUUAGUAGAGCUUACGAUAGCACAACGUACUUGCCAGGAAUAGUCGGGCUCAAUAACAUCAAAGCGAAUGAUUAUUGUAACGUUGUUUUACAAGCGUUGUCAAACAUCCCUCCAUUGAGGGAUUAUUUUUUGAGAGAAGAGAAUUACUCUCAUAUUAAACGGCCACCUGGUGACAUCAUGAUUCUUUUAACUCAAAGAUUUGGAGAAUUGAUUCGUAAAUUAUGGAAUCCUCGUAAUUUCAAAGCCCACGUCUCACCACACGAGAUGCUGCAGAGCAUUGUGCUCUGCUCUCGUAAACGUUUUCAAAUCACUGUACAAGGUGACCCUCUUGAAUUACUUGCUUGGUUUUUAAAUUCUUUACAUGUUGCCCUAAAUGGAACCAAAAAGAAGAAUUCCAGCAUCAUUACUAAAACAUUUCAAGGAGAGAUGAAAAUUUAUUCAAGAAAAGUUCCUAACCCUGAACUACCAGAAGAAGAAAAAGUGAAACUGUUAGAUCUGCCAGAAUACCAAGAAACAAUGCAAAAAUCACCGUUUUUAUAUCUUACAUUAGACCUACUUGCUGCCCCUCUCUACAAGGACGAACAGGAACAAAAUAUUAUCCCACAAGUUCCGUUAUUUAACCUUCUUGCAAAAUUUAACGGCCUCACUGAGAAAGAAUACAAAGGAAAACGAGAUUUCACCAUGAAAAAGUUUGAGCUGACACGUCUCCCUCCAUUUCUUAUUUUCUACAUCAAACGAUUCACGAAAAAUUUAUUUUUCAUCGAGAAAAAUCCUACAAUUGUUAAUUUCCCGGUCAAAAAUAUCGAUCUUGCUGAAUUUGUCGCUGCUGAUGCAGAUAUUAAAGACACAUGUUAUGAUCUGGUUGCAAAUAUUGUGCAUGAUGGCGACCCGAACAUUGGGAAAGGCACAUAUCGUGUUUAUAUUCUUCACCAAGGAUCCAACCAAUGGUAUGAGAUGCAAGAUCUUCAUGUCAGCGACAUUUUGCCACAAAUGAUUACUCUCUCUGAAGCUUACAUCCAAAUAUGGGCCCAAAGAAAAGGUGGAAAAGAAUAUGCAUUUUCUAAUGAAAUGCAAGCCAAAGCAAAAUCAGAUGGAGUCAAAAUGGAAACAUAAAUAACAUUCAUUGAUGCUCAAUUAUUUAGCAAAACGUAUUUCAUACUUUAUUAAGUGGCCUAUGUGACUACUAGUCUGCUAAUUAAGGAAUUGAUGAUAUGUAAAAUUGGCAUAAGAAAAACUUCUGAGUUUUGAAAGAGUGUUUCAGUCUCUGACUGGCCAAUUUGAAUACUAGUCUUUAGUGCAACUUGACUCUCCACAAGUGGUAGCUCCUCCUGGUUAUAGAGUAAACAAGACCUGUUUUUGUUUGUAAAAUAUUAUUAUUGGGAGCUAUUUUCUAUUCAAUCUUGCUUUUGUUCUAUAUCCAACUUUCUAAUGAUGGCUGCUUUAGCACUAAUUUUUAUAUGGUAUACUCAACUCUGUACUCCCGUAGUGUGUGGGGCGAACUAAAUUAGUUACCUCCAGAUUGGUACACACAAUUCUGGAGCGCCCUCAACUCAAGUAACACUUAUAUAAGAAUGAGAUAAUGAAAUCCAAUUUGAGGUAUUGGUGGCAGUGAUAUGUAUAUUUUCAUGAAUUUUCUCAUUGGUUUGCAUCAUACCACACCCUUUCUAAUUAUCACAAGUAAUCAAGAAUUGGUUGAUAUAAACUAUCUUUUGUUUUCUGAGCCUGUAGUCACGCUCUCCAUGAUAAGAGUUUGCAACCUCGAUAUAAAAGUGUGUACAAUACAUGGCAAAAUUGCGAUUAGCAAAAAGAUUGAUCGAAUCAGAAAUCUUGUUUAAUAUAAUAGUCAUCUCUUUAUUAUACAUGACAUGUACUGUUUACUCACGAUCUGUUCAAUGGGCUACAUGAUUGUCUAUCCAAAAUUUACCAUUUGUUUGCUUUCCAUUUUAAAAACUUUCAAAAAAUUUGCAUAACUCUGCUUAUUUGAAUAUUCAAUAUACUGCUCUUAUUUUUGAAAUUUCUAGCUGUCACUUGAUGUUAGAUUUUGAUUUGAUAAUAAUUGUAUUGAAUUUUUUGUAGA